GGAAGUAUUUCCCCGGCUGCACACGUUGUAAAAUGGCAGCGGUGCAAGUCGCCGGCUGCUUUCUAGGCGGGCCACCUCGGGAGGUACGCCAGGAAGUAUCCCCGCGAUUUGGGAGCGGAUUACGCUGCUUGUCGUCCAGGCUUUGCUCCCUGCGCUUGGACGACAGUAGCUCGGCUCGAACUGAACUCCACCUGGUGUUCGACCAGCUCAUCUCCGACAACUAUGAGGGCGGCGGCGUGGACCCGGAGGAUGUUACUACUCUUCUUGUCAAGGCAUGCCAGUUGGUGCCUUUUAAUCAGAAUCACCUUGUCAGCAAAGUUUGUCAGCUUAUCCAUCACUUACUUAACAGAUUACAGGUGAUCGUUGAUGAACAAAACUUGGAUUUCCUAUUGGCAUAUACUGUUGCUGCUAUUCAGCAGUGUAGUUCUUGGACGCACCUAAAAGUUCUUCAAGCUCUGGCAGCUCUGGUUUACUGCAAUGGCUCAAAAUGUCAUAAGUACCUUGGAGACUUGCUAGGCAAGAAUGGACUCUUGAUGAAGUUGAGUGAUGUGACUUAUUCUGACCCUGAAGUCAGGAGAGCUGCUGUACAUUGCAUGGCAAACUUAUGUCUCAGCAUGCCAGGUCAGCCGUGCAUGGAUGAAUACUACCAAAACAUCUGUUUCCAAGCUUUCUUAACCACUUUACAGUCUCCAAAAUCACCUGAAAUGGACGAUAUCACAUUUUGCAUGUUGUUACAAAAUGCAUUAAAAGGUAUACAGUCACUUCUGAAUGGUGGAAAGAUGAAACUGACACAAACUGAUGAACUUGGAGCACUUCUAGCUGUGCUAAAGAAAUCCAUGUUUCAUGGACUCCCUGGACUGAAUAUAGAGAUGCCCACAGUUUUAUAUCCCACUCCACUUCCUCAGUAUGAUGGACGACCACCUGUCAAACCACAGCCUGAACCCAGUAUUUCUCGACCAACUCUGAAUAAAAAGAAAAAGUCAAAAGUAAAGACAAAGAAAAGCCAGCAAACAGAAGAAGAGGAUAAUGACGAUGAUGAAAGAGAAACGACCCCAAGCACUGUCUCAGACAGAGUGAGCCUGAAUGAAGGGAACACUCAGCGUUUCUCAUCCAGUGGUGUCCAGAGUUUGCUAGCAGAUGAAAGUGAUGUUGUAGGAAAAGACCAAGUUGCCCUACCCUUCAGUUCUUCCAGUUGGAAAUGGGUCAGCAGUAGUGAGUCCGACUAUUCAGAUGCUGAAGGAGGCAUGCAAAGUAAAAUUAGGUCUUUUCAAGCCAGAGUUCGCCAAGCAGCACUAGCUUGCUUUCUUUCUACUAUAAAAUCAAUAGAAAAAAAAGUUCUGUAUGGCUACUGGUCAGCUUUUAUUCCUGAUACACCUGAGCUCGGAAGUCCACAGUCUGUAUCAUUGAUGACUCUUACAUUAAAAGACCCUUCUCCAAAGACACGUGCCUGUGCUUUGCAAGCUUUAUCUGCCAUCUUGGAGGGCUCAAAGCAGUUUCUUUCUGUGGCUGAAGAUACCAGUGACCACAGAAGGGCUUUUACUCCCUUCUCUGUAACGAUUGCUUCUAGCAUCAGAGAAUUACACAGAUGUCUUUUGUUAGCUUUGGUGGCCGAGUCAUCCUCACAGACUCUUACUCAGAUCAUUAAGUGCCUUGCGAAUUUAGUAUCAAAUUCACCUUAUGAUCGUCUGAAACUCAGCCUGCUGACAAAAGUCUGGAACCAGAUAAAACCUUAUAUCCUCCAUAAAGAUGUUAAUGUUCGUGUGUCAAGUCUCACACUCUUAGGAGCCAUAGUGUCCACUCACGCACCUUUACCUGAAGUCCAGUUACUUCUACAGCAGCCCUGUUCUUCUGGACUCAGCAGUAACAAUUCAGCUAUUCCUCACAUCAGUCCUCCUGACUGGUGGAAGAAAUCUUCCUCAGGAUCCUUUCUGGAAGAAACAUCACUUGAGUCACCUAGGGAUUCUUCAGAGCCAUGCUGGCUCAUUCGACUUUGCAUUUCCACCAUUGUGUUGCCCAAAGAGGAUUCCUGUUCAGGUAGUGAUACUGGUUGUGCACUAGGAAGCACCUAUAAGCCAUCCCCUAUGAGACUGGAGGCCUUACAGGUUUUGGCUCAUUUGGCAAGGGGCUACUUUUCAAUGGUUCAGCUCUAUUUGAUGGAGCUGGGAGAGGUGAUUUACAGAUGCAUGGGGGAAAUAGACCUUUCCAUGCAGCUUCAUGGAACCAAGCUUCUGGAAGAACUGGGUGCAGGCAUAAUACAGCAGUACAAAUCAGAUUCUGUCAUAGCAACUGAUCAGAGAGUGCCGGUUUCCUUGGUGGUGAUGUUCUGGACUCUGAUGCUGAAUGGUCCUUUACCCAAAGCCCUACAGAAUGCAGAGUACCCGAAUCUUCAAGCAAGUGCCUGUGAUGCUCUCGCUGCCAUCUUGCCAGAAGCCUUCGACAAUCUUCCCAAUGAUAAGCAGAUCCUGUGCCUCACGAUGCUACUUGGGCUCAAUGACAGCAAGAAUCGUUUAGUGAAAACUGCAACCUCGAGGGCCCUUGGAGUCUAUGUGCUUUUUCCUUGUCUCAGACAGGAUGUCCUGUUUAUUGCAGACACAGCGAAUGCAAUAUUGAUGUCACUUCAAGACAAGUCUGUGAAUGUCCGGGCCAAAGCAGCCUGGUCUCUGGGCAACCUGACAGAUACUUUGAUUAUCAACAUGGGAGCACCAGACCCAAGUUUCCAUGACGAGUUCUCCGAUCUUCUACUCUUGAAGAUGUUGAGUUCUGCUAUAGAAGCAUCCAAGGAUAAAGAUAAGGUAAAAAGCAAUGCCGUCCGGGCCCUUGGAAAUUUACUUCAUUUUCUUCAGCCAUCUCACAUAGAAAAACCCAGGUUUGCUGAAAUCAUUGAGCGGUCUAUCCAGGCUCUGAUUUCUACUGUUCUGACUGAGGCUGCUAUGAAAGUCCGAUGGAAUGCUUGUUACGCAGUGGGAAAUGUUUUUAAAAACCCUGCUCUUCCAUUAGGAACAGCUCCAUGGACCUCCCAGGCCUACAGUGCCCUGACAUCUGUUGUGACAUCCUGCAAGAACUUUAAGGUGCGAAUUAGAUCUGCUGCUGCCCUUUCCAUCCCAAGCAAGAGAGAACACUAUGGGUCUGUUGACCAGUAUGCUCAGAUCUGGAAUGCAUUAGUCACUGCCCUGCAGAAGAGUGAAGACACCACAGACUUUUUGGAAUUUAAGUAUUCUGCCAGUCUACGUACCCAAAUCUGCCAGGCGCUGAUUCACCUCUUGAAUUUGGCUAGCACCUCAGACCUAUUCUGCAUCCAGAAAACUCUUGAACUGAAUGGAGACAUGGUCAAGUCCUAUAUUCUACGGUUUUUAAAAUCAGGAACAGAAGGAGAUGACACUGGAGUACCCCACAACCUGGAGGGAAGAGACCAGAAGAUCAAAACUGCACUGGAGCAUAUAAACAGUGUUCAAGCACUAACUGGUGACACAGCCAAAGGGACCAUCCUGGACUUUUUAGAAGAUGUCAUGACUGUAUAUUUUGACUCAUCCUGAUCACAAGUAGCACUCCUAGGAUUAACAAAUCAGUGAUUAUUCUUAUACUUUCCAGGUGUUAAAAAGGAAGAACCAAGUUUUAGCAUCAGAUAAUAUGUGGGGUUUAAUUUUAGGACAGAAACAACACAUCCACUUUUUAUUUAGAAUGAGUUAGCAAUUUAAGCUUUUCUCAAAGGGCUCAACCACUUUAAGUGGUUUUGCUGCACUGUUCAUGUUCCAGGUUGUUGGAACCUCUGACCUCAUAGCUAGAAGGCAAUGAUAUUUGUUGUUGUUGGGCCAGGAAGCUAGCAUAGCAGUCAUUUACUAAAUUUUAUGCCUAAGGUCCUGAGACUCCUAGGUUUAAUCCCCAACACCCCUGUAAACCUAAGCUGAGCAGUAUUUUGGUUUCUCCCUCUUUCUCACUAAAGUAAAAUAUUCUAUUAAAAUGAAUCAGUUGGCUGGGUUGGGUGUGUGUGUGUGUGUGUGUGUGCGCGCGCGCGCGCACGCACGCGUGCAGCAUAAUGAUGAUGCAAACAGACCUUAUGCCUGAGGCCCUGAGAGCCUAAAUUCAUUCCCCCGUACCACCAUAAGCCAGAGCUGAAUAGUGAUCUGGUAAAAUAUAUAUAUAUAUGUAUCAGUCAUAGCAUGGGGGGAUUUGUGAAUAUUAAAAUUGCAGAAUUUUAAAUUGUAAAAGAAUUUAGAAAUUAAGAGUAUUGUAUACUGCAUCUCUGGUAAUUGUUUUUCUCUUAUAAUAAACUUAUGAAAAUACCAUG